CUAGAUUUUUUUUCCCCCCCUGAAAGCCAGUCAUUCGGAGGUAUAGCUGGCACAGAGCGAUCGUUACAUCCCGUUGAGACCAUGGAGGGGACGAGAGGGGCCAGGGUCUAGAAGGGCAGAUCUCCUCUCACCAGCUGGCUUAACUGUCACUUGCCCGGGGAUGGAAGCUGCAUAAUAUAGUCAGCAGGCAGAAACGUCGACUCAUGUUUUCCUUGACCUUUCUUCACCUUGGAGGAGAGCAAAACGGAUCCUGGCUGUUAACUCCCCACCUCCUCGGCCUUGGGACAGCGAGAAAAGUUCAACGUUGCUUAUGGUGGGAGUGAGGGAAGUGGGGCCGGCUCACAGCAGGCUUAUAUAUUAAACCAUCGUAUCAAAGGCAAGCCGCGGUCUGACAAGAAAUGUAACCUGAGGAGAAAGGACACUACUGCGUUUGAGCACGCUGAAGGAUUCUUGCAUGACCUGUCACUCUUUCAGUGCUGUAGCCUGAGCAGGUCUUACUGGUUUUUACCGAGGUGGUGGGAGCUGAAUGGGGUGUGGGCUCGUUUCUAUUCGUCCACGGACAUCUCUACAAUCUUCUUUUAUCUUUUAUAAUUCCCCCCUGGAUAUAACUCGGAGAAAUAGUGUCCGUCGGGUUUGCUGCCACCUGGGCUCAACCCAGCUGAACCAAUUUUGGAGGAUACCCUUGCUGCAACCCUCUGGACGCGCUCCUAGGAGGAGAAGAAGAUAAAACAAUUUGGCAUCAUUGUUGUAGUUUGAGGAAAAGCGUAUUUCUUUUGACUUCGGAGUGAGCUACCAGGAGGAUCUGUGUGAUGACUUGAUCUCCCUCCACUUGCGCUGCUGAGCAUGGGGUAACGGUGUUCGACCAUGGUGGUCACCCAGUUAGAACUGGAGCUGUGCUUUCAUGGCCAGAAGCUGCGUGGUUUCACCUGCAAGUUGACUAGGUCAGCCAGUGGAUUUCUCCCAGAGACCUCCUUCUCCAUUGCUUCCCAGAUUUUCGUGCCCUUCCUUCUGGCUGGCUUGGGCAUGGUAGCUGCUGGCCUCUUGAUGGAUGUUGUUCAACACUGGGCUGUGUUUCAGACGAUUACAGAAGUUUUUAUCCUGGUUCCUGCCUUGGUUGGCCUGAAGGGUAAUCUCGAGAUGACGCUGGCAUCCAGGCUCUCUACUGCUGCUAACACUGGACAGAUGGAUGAUGCUCAGAAGCAGUGGAAAAUGGCCACCUGCAAUUUAGCCCUUAUCCAGGUCCAGGCCACCGUGGUGGGACUUCUGGCUGCCGUUGCUGCUGUGAUCCUGGGAGCCAUCUCCAAGGGCUCUGUGGAGCUGAGCCAGGCUGCUGUGCUGUGUGCCAGCAGUGUGACCACGGCCUUCAUAGCUGCACUUUCUCUUGGUCUGGUGAUGAUUGGCGUGAUCAUUGGAGCAAGGAAAGUUGGGAUCAAUCCAGACAACAUCGCCACACCCAUAGCAGCGAGCCUUGGAGAUUUGAUAACCCUUUCCCUGCUGGCAGGAAUCAGCAGUACCCUCUUCAAAUAUAUAGAUGUGAAAUACCUUUCUCCUCUGAUCUGUGCUGUCUUCAUUGUCAUGAUCCCACUCUGGGUUGCUAUUGCCAAGCAAAGUCCUUCCCUUGCUGAAGUUCUGAAGUCUGGAUGGCAGCCGGUCAUUGUUGCAAUGAGCAUCAGCAGCAUUGGUGGGCUCAUCUUGGACAAAACUGUAACUGACCCAAAGUUUGAAGGCAUGGCCGUUUUCACACCUGUGAUUAACGGUGUUGGAGGGAAUCUGGUCGCCAUCCAGGCCAGCCGUAUUUCCACAUUCCUGCAUUUCUGGAGCAUGCCUGGAGUUUUGCCAUACAAGAUGAGGCAGAAUUGGCCCAACCCAUGCACCACAUUCUUCUCAUCAGAGGUGAAUUCCAAGUCAGCCCGAGUCCUGUUCCUCCUGGUUAUCCCAGGGCACCUCGUGUUCCUCUACACCAUCCACCUGCUGCAAGGAGGUCACACAUCUCUGUCCUUCACCUUUGUGAUGUUUUAUCUGACUGCUGCUUUGCUGCAGGUGGGAAUCCUGCUCUACGUGGCCGACCUAAUUGUGCGCCUGAUGUGGAGGAAGGCGCUGGAUCCAGAUAAUUUCUCUAUCCCCUACCUCACUGCCCUGGGGGAUCUCCUGGGCACUGGAUUCCUCGCCGCCUGUUUCCGCCUGGCUUGGCUAGUCCAUGGCGCAGACAUGACCCUGGGGAACUGAGGCAACGUGCGCUGCUCCACAUCACUCGUUUGACACGGUGCUUUCCUCCAUGACAGUGGGGUGCUUGGCGAUGAGCGCUGGGUCACCCGGCUGGGUUGGGCCUCCCCUGCUGCCCCACCGCCCUGCCUCUCCUCCCCGUUGUGCCUUACAGCUGGGCUUGCUCACCCGGAGGAAUCAGCACCCACAGACUUGCGCCGUCACACGUGAGUAAGCCGGGUUUAGGCAGCACUUGCUGCUCACACCCAUGCCCGGCCAACAUGGCCCUAAGGAGCUUCUGGGCUAUAUUGUACUGAACGAAUGUUUUGGUCGGCUGCAGUCCCUAAAACCAACACAGCCUGCAAGGCUGCUCCAAAGCCUGCUGAGAUUGCUGCAUCUGAUCAUGCAGGUGUCACAACAUCUCUGUCCAGCUCUGACUUGCCAUCCAGGAAAAUAUUGUAUUUGCCCCCUUUCCCUGGAGGAGGAGAGCAUCCAGGUCUUUAAACUCAUCUCCUCUCUGUCGCUCAGAUGCUCAGGGAGUGAGUGUCUCGCUGGCUUGCGCCCAGCAGGAGGUUAUCUAGGGAUACCACCUACCUAAGCCAGCAGCGUUGCUGUUGUCUGACCAACAAGCUGAUUUGAGUGCAUUUUGGGGGUAGGAGGGCUGGUUUUGUUUUUACGGUUUAUGAAAUGUCCAGUAGUUAAAACGUUUAUAGAAACACACACAAAUAAAGUGGUUAAAAAAAAUGGAA